UUUAUUAUUAGUUAGCUGAAUGCUCAGCAUACAAAAACCGAAAAAUUAAACGCAACAUCAAACAAUUUACCCCUAACAAGUAAUGAAGUAACAAGAAAUCGCACCUAAAUGGUUUGGCAUAUAUUUUCUCUACCUUUUCUUUUUUCACCUCACGAGAUCGAAAUAAUCGUUUUCCAUAGAACGUUUUACAACAUGUGACAAUGACACCGUCUUCUAGCGCCUGCAUCUAGGAGAAACAAUGCGGUCUGCGUUUGUAAUGUAUUCUGUUUUAAGUUUAUUUACCUUGAUUGGAAUAUUACCGGCAGCGAGUUCGAAUGAUGCUGUCACAGAUGUCAUCAAUGCUGAUUUCAACAAAACUUACUCUGCCAUCAUUAACACAACAAAUGAGGCCAUUUAUAAAUUUACGUACAGAGAAAUGAAGAAUAAGACUACGGCUGUCAGAAUCACAACAGAACUACAUGCAGACCCGAAACGGGAUGCCAGGUCCUUCCCUGUGAUUGUGGUGAUACGACAGCAGCAAAGAACUCUGUCAUGGACAAUGCCAUUGUUUCUUGAAUAUAGUAAUACUUCAACACCAUAUGAGACAAUCAGUCGUAAUUUAUGUCCCCUUGAUGCAAGUCAUCGACCAGAGAUACCAGCAGAACAGAGCUUCUUCGUAGAUGUGUCAACAUUCAACAAGGAACCUCUUAAUUUUACACUCAAAGCAGCAAAAAUGGAAAAUUUUCAAAUCAGUACCGGAAUUCCAAGAGAGAUAUCUUUCACUCCCUCUGAGCCACAGUUUUACAUGUACACCUUCCCAGCGGGCGUAGACUCUGUAUUGGUCCAUGCCUCAUCGGAGGAUGAAAAGUGUGCUGUAAUGUCCAUACAAACAAUACAGUGCCCGGUGUAUGAUAUGAAUGUUGAUGUGGAGUUUGAAGGAAAGUACCAAACUAUGACCAAACAGGCUGCUAUACAGAUACAGAGGGAAGAUUAUCCAAAUGGAGCAUUCUAUGUUGUGUUUGUUCUGAAACCUUUGGACAAAACAUGUUCCUCAGAAAUUGAGACCAUUUCCUUGCCAGGAAUCACACGAUCAAAGACUGUAACCCUAGAAAUUAAGACAACCAUUAGCAGUGACAAGUACUAUUGGGGAAUGGUGUUUGCAGUAGCUGUUUUUGGAUCAUUUUACUUAAUAGCUUUCUUGAUCGGAGUGAUUUACCAUGGAUGCUCAAAACAUCGAGGAAUAUGGAUGAUCCCAGACCCUCCAGAAGCAAACUUGGACCAAAUCUCAGAUGAUAUGGAUAGUCCUGUGAGACCAUUACACUCUAACCCAAGAACACAGUCCUAUGGCUCAUUCCAACGACAAGCUAAUGAUGAUGAUCAGAAUGACUUGCUGAACACAAUGAUCAGAGAUAAUGCAUCAACAGGAGCCAGCAGUGCUUCCAGGGGAAUGGAUGGAAACUCAGUCAGUUCUAUUGACUCCGACGAUAUCGACUUCCUCAAAGACGCUGAUCAAGAAAAGGAUGUGUUUAGGACAAAGACAGAACUUUUUGUGUAUGACUUAUCAAGAAAAAAAUACAAGAAACAAGCGAGAAAUUACACUAUUUACUGGAGAAACUUGUUAGCAAUAUCGAUAUUUUAUGGACUGCCAGUACUGCAGCUAGUCUUCACUUAUCAGAAAGUAUUGAAUGUAACUGGAAACUUGGACAUCUGCUACUACAACUUCAACUGUGCUCACCCCUGGGGUCUCGUCAGCUCGUUCAACAACAUCUUCAGCAACAUUGGAUAUGUGUCUCUCGGAAUUCUGUUCUUGUUGCUGGUCUACAGAAGACAGCUGAUAUACAACAUGGCUGUACAACGAGAGAAGAUGAUGAAGAAGGAGAUGGGGAUCCCCCAGCACUUUGGACUCUUCUUCGCUAUGGGGCUGGCUCUGAUCAUGGAGGGCAUCAUGAGUGCCUGCUAUCAUGUCUGCCCAAAUUACUCAAACUUUCAGUUUGAUACGUCUUUCAUGUACAUCAUUGCCUGUUUGUGUAUGUUAAAGAUCUACCAGACCAGGCAUCCAGACAUCAGCGCCAAAGCACACACCUCCUAUCUUCUAAUGGCCUGUGUUAUAUUCAUUGCAGUCAUUGGAGUGAUUUAUGGGACCAAUGUUUUCUGGAUCUUCUUUGCCUGUGUCUACAUGUUUUUCUACUUAAUUCUGAGUGUCCACAUAUACUUCAUGGGAAGAUGGAGUAUAGAUAGAGGAAUAUGUAGAAGAAUAUGUGUUGCUGUAAGAUAUGACAUGUGUAGGUGUAGGAGACCAAUGUAUCCAGACAGAAUGCUUCUACUUGUGGUUGGAAAUUUAAUCAACUGGCUAAUUGCAGUAUAUGGAGCUGUGUACCAUUCCUCAGACUUUGCUACUUACCUGUUGGGGAUCUUUAUAGGAAACCUUAUGAUCUAUUGUACAUUCUACAUCAUAAUGAAGUUGAGGUAUGGUGAAAAAAUCCAUUCUCUGGUCAUGUUCAUCAUUUUGGGGGCCGUUGUAGUGUGGGCUGUUGCUCUCUAUUUCUUCUUCUCUAAUCUGACUUCCUGGCAGCUGACUCCUUCCAAAUCCAGAGAAGGAAAUAAGGACUGUGUACUGCUAGAGUUCUAUGAUGCUCAUGACAUUUGGCAUUUUCUUUCAUCCAUUGCUUUGUUCUUCUCUUUCCUGAUACUCCUGACAUUGGAUGACGACAGAUUUUCUACAAGAAGGGACCAAAUCCAUAUGUUAAAAUCCUUUGGGAAGUUGUUUGGAAGGAAGCGUUCGAGCAAAAAAGGGAGGAAGGGUGCGGUAGACACAGCAGACGAUGACAACGAUGAAGCAGGUGUUAAAAAUAGACCUGGCGCUAGAGCCUGUCGUAUUGCAAAAUCUCCUGUGCACGAAGAUGCUGUUGUACAUCUAUCAGCUGUCGAACCAGGACUGUGUUUGUCAUGCAGUAAAGACAAAUCUGCAGCAUUGUAUGACUUUGAAAAUCACAGGUUAGUUGACAGAUGGACAGGACAUGAAAGGGAAUUGACUAAGAUUCAACAUGGUAAAACUUGCGACAAUAUAUUCAGCGCAUCAAGGGAUAAAUCUGUUAAGAUGUGGAAGCGUGGAAAUCCUAAUUGCUUGCAGGAAUUUAAUGGCCAUGAUCUAGUAGUGACCGCCAUUGAUCUCAACCAUGAUGAUAGCUGGCUGUGCAGUGGCUCCAGGGACAACCAUGUCAAGCUUUGGGAUGUCAACACAGCCCAGUGUAUCAUGGAGAGUAGCAUCCACAGGAACCUGGUGACAGAUGUGAAGUUUGUUCCUCAUUCUCAUUUACUGGUACAGACUGGAGAAGACAAGGAAGUCAGAUUAUUUGACACAAGGACAAUGCAGGUCAUUCAUAGUUUCCCUCGAAAGCACUACAUCCAAAUGGCAUGCGAUGUCAGUCCGGACGGCUUGUUCUGUGUCACUUGCAGCAAUGGAUUCGGUGGCAAAGGCUGUGAAGCAACGUUAUGGGACUUACGUGGGAGAAAACUAGUCCAUGAAUACAGUGACCAUGGAGAAGCUGUGGAGUCUUGCAUUUUCUUGCCAGCCAUCACUGAAAAACAGAUCAUUGCCACAACUUCUCGCGAUACCACAAUCAGACUUUGGGAUAUGAACACAAGGGAGUGCCUUUCAUGUUUCCCAGUACCUGGAUCUGGACCCCUCACUUCCAUUAUCUGCUAUGAUGAUCUGAGUUUAUGUGUGUCGAGCUUUAACCAGGGGAUUAUCUCCCUCCAGUUGUCUCCCUCAGAUUACUCCCUUCACCAAACAGGCCAGUUCUAAUGCCAAAUUCUGAGAUUGAUAACUGCAGACUGCUGCAUUUGUAUUUCUUCUUGAAUAAUGACUUGAUCCGUCCAACAGCUUCCAUUGGGAAUUCAACAAAUUUGUUUAUUUAUUAAUACAAUGUACUAUUA